AUGGCGCAUGAAAGGGAGCACCUUCCAGCCGUGAGACAGAACCCCAAGAGGGCGGUGGAGGGGGCAGACGCCUCGCCGCAAGCACCCCGCCACACAGGAGUGGGUGAUGCUGACACUCUCACUGCUGCGCAUGAUGACGCGUGGCAAGAGAAGCGACAAAACGAUGGCAGAAAUUGUGGACUGAAAGUGCAUCAGCCGAACAAUCUUCUGCCUGUGAAGAAGGGGUCGUGGUUGUCGCCUAUAUUACCUGGAGGCACACCACGGGGGUCCACACACUCCACGCAUAUCGGUGUAGAUCCAGUAAGCUCACAUAGCUCCUCUUCCCAACCUUGUCACGAAAGUGUUAGACCGCACAGUGCCUACGUGCGCGUUUCACAGGCUUGGCAGCAGCUUCGCCCGGCAACAGCGGCGGGCACCAGUUGUCGCCCGUAUAUUCUUCCCGCGGGCAAAACCGUAGGAAAUGACUCCCCAAGGCACAUGGAGCCUGCGGCCGGAGUGGGUAGCAUCCCGGGAACGCAUGUCACAUCUGAUGUUUCUUUGGCACUAGAGACUCCCAAGACAGGCUCUCCGCACGUCAAAAAGCAAAUCUUCACUGACAGCUGGGCAUUCCCCCCACAAGAAGAGGUAUCGAGUGCGUCGCUGACGCUAUGUUCGACGCGGAUGACACCGGGUAUGGAUGUGCAAGGUUUGCCUGCGCCAGGUGUCAGUGGUGCAAGAAAGCCGUAUACGGAGGUUAAGGGGGCGACGAAUCUCCCGAUGAACUGCAAUGAUGAGCUGUCUCCCGGUACGUUCCGUAUUGGGGGAACGAGACGUUCACCUGUACAAGCAUGCAGUUUCCACCAGUGGGUUAUGAACCAGCAAAAACAGAGGAUGACAAAACUCGUGUAUGAAAAACACUAG